GCGCUUAAAUCGUCAAUGGAUGACAUCAGUUCUCUAUGAUCUAUUUCCUACUCUGUGAUUGAUAUAUCUCAUUUCCACCAUUUUAGAGAAGUAUUCCUUUUGCAAGUGAGUGUUGUGAGAUCAGCAAAAAUGACCAACUCAAAAGGUUAUCGUAGAGGAACUAGAGAUUUAUUCUCCAGGAAAUUCAGGAGACAUGGAGUUAUCCCUCUGUCCACCUAUAUGAAGGUAUACAAAGUUGGCGAUAUCGUUGACAUAAAAGGCAAUGGUGCAGUACAAAAAGGUAUGCCUCAUAAGGCAUAUCAUGGAAGAACAGGACGUGUGUACAACGUAACUCCUCAUGCUCUAGGGGUUAUAGUCAAUAAACGUGUAAGGGGAAGAAUAAUUCCUAAGAGAAUUAACCUUAGGGUUGAACAUGUAUCGCAUUCAAAAUGCAGAGUUGAUUUCUUGAACAGAGUCAAGACUAAUGAGAAGCUAAGGAAAGAAGCUAAAGAGAAGAAUGUGAACAUCAGUCUGAAAAGGCACCCUCAAAAACCUAGACCAAGCCAUAUUGUUAGCGGCGAAAUUAAACCAGUAUGUCUGGCGCCAAUACCUUAUGAAUUCAUUGCCUAAACUGAACUUUUAGUGAUUAAAAGAUAAAAGAUU